GCCAGCUGAUCCAGUCAAACAUCACUGCCAGUCUCCUGAUCCCCGUGUUGUAAGGGGCAUCUGAUCCUGCCUGUGCCCCAGUCACCACACUGCUGCCAUGUACACCAUAACCCGAGGGCCCAGCAAGCUAACGACCCAGAGGAGAACAGGCCCCAAGCAGCAGAUUGACAGCAAACUGCAGGAAGUGAAGAACAAGCAGCAGAUUCUCGUCCCCAAUACACCCAACGGUCAGGACUCCCUCCCAAGUGCCCCUCCAAAACUCGUAUUUAACCGUGUAAAUGGUAAGAGGAGCCAGGCGCCAGGCCCUGAACUAGAAAGAGAAGUGUACACACUGGCACACGAAGAGAACGUCGGAUUCAUAUAUCAAGCUUGGCAAGAAGUAAAACAUCAGAUGGAGGAGCCACAGCAGAACGGAUGCACCCCCCAGCAAUAUCAAGAUCAGAGCCCUGACACCCACCUUAAAAACUUCGUUCCUAUAGAUCUGGACGAGUGGUGGGCAGAGCGCUUCUUAGCCAACAUUGAGAACUGCGCUUGACAGCCAUUUCUCUCCCUGUAGUGGGAUACGCAAAAGCUCGUCUCUCCUCUAUAGGGUGAUUGUGUCAUUGUUCACAGACUUGUUGCACUUUUUCUCCCCCUAGCGGGAAGACUAAGCUGUGCUCAGAAGAAGAAGAAGAAGGCACUAAGUGACAUUUACCCCUCUCCUGGUGCUGCUGAGGAUUCUCCUCCGGUCUGUAUAUACAAGGGCAUUGAAUCUACAGCGACAAUUUCAGUCUCAGGAGCCUGGAUUACUAUUGGUUGAGUGACAUUGCACAGCAUGACUUGGUACUGGUUACCAUCACGGAAGCCCAAAUAAAAUAUGGUGCUUCCCACAAACAGGAACUUAGUCCUGGAUUUUGACCCAUUAGCAGCAGAAUACCCUGUCUUUAUGCAAUGGACUCCAGAGCACUAAGCAGCAGUGAUGCAUGGUUGCAUUGAUUGGUACCAGAACUAAUGCACCCACAUGUGACACUGCUCUCUCCUACUCCCAAGAUGCAGAGACCCAUAUCUCUAGCUCAGUGUGUGCCGCAGCCAACCCGAUGUUCCCCCAUGUCAGGUAGUUUUCUGGCUUGAGAAGAAGAAAUUAAGAUUCAAAUUAAGUCCAGGAAAACUCCUUCCAUCCCCCCUUUUUUAUGGGAGGUUCUGUACAGAGUGGGAAAUGUCUAUUUUUCUAAAUAAAGUUGGUUUUUGCCUCACA